CUCUACAACAACAACAAUAACAACCGCUGCCAGAUUAAAUUCGAGACCCCAAUACCUCUUAAUUCCGUAUAAUUCUGCUCAUCCAGUUGCUGAAUAUCCAAAUUACAACCGAAUUUCAGUUUUCCGGUUAAUUGUGUUGUUAUCAUGAUCAAUCGGAGUAGGGGAUCUUGUGUUUUAGGGUUUGUAGUUUUUGGUUUUUUUUUUUUUGAUGUUGAGAGGCUGUACGGUUCGAUCCGUAAAGGUUCGGGAUCGUUUGCGGUUAGCGAGGUUGAAUAUGGGGAGGAUUUUGAGAGUUGCAGGGAAGAUGAUGAUGGAGGAAGUGCAUAUUAUCGUGAUAGAGGUGUGAGUUUAGAAGGUGAUGUUUAUGUCGAGUUGGUUUAUAGUGAUGCGAUUAAGAAGUUGAAAGCAAUUGCGGAUCGGAUGAUUCGGUCGGGAUAUGGGAAAGAGUGUUGUCAGGUGUAUAGUAAUGUGCGGCGCGAUGUGUUGGAUGAGUGUUUGUCGAUUCUCGGGGUUGAGAAGUUGAGUAUUGAGGAAGUGCAGAACAUUGAGUGGAAAAUACUGGAUGAGAAGAUGAAGAAGUGGAUACAGGCGGUUAAAGUUGUGGUUAAAGUUCUUUUGUUUGGGGAGAAACGGUCGUGUGGACAGGUUUCUAGAGUGUUGGGUUACUUUGCUUUCGGUGAAAACACGCGAGAUAUUGUCACUGCGAACAUGGGGAAAGGUGUGUUAAGUUCGUUAGUGCAGUAAAGAGCCUUCGAUCAAACAAUGAGGCGUGUUAAGUUCGUUAGUGCAGUAAACUCUUUGAACAGUUUAUUCGGUGUUUUAUUUGCUUUUGUUAUCGUUGUUAGACGUUUGAUCAAAUGAUUGAAAUGAUAUUAGCAAGUCUUGAAUUUUAUUUA